AUGGGUCAUUGACGUAACCAUUUACAUGUUGCAGACAGCUUCAUUUAGAAAUCUAAAUCAUUGACAGAUUCAUCACAUAAUGAGUUGAGUGACUCCAUCUACUACAAUGAGUGCAGGCCCUCUGGUGGUGGAGAUUAUCUGCACUUGUCUGCUUGCUGCAUUUGUGCUUCAUCGCUAUGGUGACCUGAGAAAACAACAUGUGUUAGUCACCCUCGCAACAUUCAUUGCCUGGUACUUUUCAUUUAUGAUAAUAUUUAUCAUACCUUUGGAUGUAUCAUCGACAUUUUACCGUCAGUGUGUCCAUCAAAACACACCCGCUGUGUUAACAACAACAACCACAGAAUCGAACAAUGUGUCAUCAACAUCAUUGCCAGUGACAACAGCACCAGCAGCAACAACUGCCUCUGAGAAUGGCACAAAUAAGUCGGAUGGGUCAUCGACAUCCAUGCCUCUGUUGGUACACUGUCAGGCGCCACUGAGCCACGUUCCUGACCACGUUCUCCCAGCUCUGUGGCGUGUGGUGUACUGGACGUCUCAGGUCUUAACAUGGCUGAUCCUCCCAAUGAUGCAGUCCUACUCCAAUGCUGGAGACUUCACAGUUGUGGGGAAGAUCAAGUCGGCUCUGAUUGCCAAUGCCAUCUACUAUGGCACCUACCUUCUCAUCUUCGGAGUGUGUCUUAUCUAUGUGGCCAUCAGGCCGGACAUUGACAUUGAUGCUGAGAAGUUGAAGGUCAUUGGUGCCACUGCCAGCAACACAUGGGGAUUGUUUGUCCUGGUGCUUAUGCUGGGGUAUGGAUUGGUGGAGGUGCCACGCAAUUUCUGGAACAGCUCAAAGAGAGGUUACCAACUCUCCCGAACCUACUUUAAAAUUGCAAAACUCAGCACUGACAAGUCAGAGUCUGAAGAAUCUCUUGAAGAUAUUCUUGAGGAGAUCAAAAGAUAUGCUGAAAGAAUUAGGUACAACCAUCCAAUGAGCAAAAACAUGGAGACUAUUCUAUCUAAGUGUCCAGAUUAUAUUCAGAAGUCAGUGCAGCCAAGCAUGGAUGAUUAUGAGGAUUUUGACAAAACUGUUGACUCGAUCACAGAGAAGUCCCUGGUGCGCCUUCAUCAAAAAGUGAUUCGCUGUUCCCAAAUCAACAAACGUACCCAGAUCCAGUGGAACAACCUGAUAGAGAAGGUGUUGGAUCUGGAGGACUGUCAGGCCAAUGAAAACAGCACUGACAAACGCUUCCAUCGGGUGUAUGGCCAGUAUAAUGGUCUUCUGAGGGGACUGUACACCCCAGCUGUAGAAUGGUAUUGGAAGUGUCGAGUCCGUCCGUGGGUGAUGAUGAUCACGGCCAUUGCUCUGAUGGUCUUCUCUUUCAUGGUUGUGUGGUCAGAGUGCCUCUUCUUCGUCAAGGACCCUGUCCUAUCUCUGUUUGCUGUCUUCAUCAACCUGGCCAAGCAGAACUAUGACUAUGUCUACAUAGAGAUUGCAUCAAUCUUGACGAUUGCCUACCUGUGUAUCUGUGCGUACUACAGUGUGUUCCAAAUCCGGAUCUUCAACUAUUAUUACAUAGCACCGCAUCACCAGACUGACGAGUACAGCCUCAUCUUCACUGGAAUGAUGUUGUGUCGACUGACGCCCCCAAUGUGUCUCAACUUCCUUGGCUUGAUCCACCUGGACAGUCAUGUGACUUCAGGCAACAUGGAGGAGACCUCCUAUACCCAUAUCAUGGGCCACAUGGAUGUGAUAUCCUUUAUCUCGGAUGGGUUCAACAUCUAUUUCCCCAUCCUCAUCGUGCUGCUGUGCAUCUGCACCUACUUCUCCCUGGGCAGUCGCAUCCUAAGUCUCCUUGGCUUCCAGCAGUUCAUCGGCGACGAUGACAUGACACAGGAACUCAUUGAUGAGGGCAGGGAGAUGGUGAAGAGAGAGAAGCGGAAAAGAGAGCGGCAGGUGAAUGUGGACCACAAACGUAAACACUGGCAUGAGACUGGUAGGCUGGACAGUGGGGCGAGUCCGUCCACUCCUCCCCAGCGGAUUCCCCCCACCAGCACAGAUAAGAGAGGGGCAUACACUGUGCCAAGAAGCCCCGACGACAACGACCGCACUGAGCUCCUCCGUCAAGCCGAACCUAUUGACUACACCGACGACCGGUCCGACCCGCUAGCAGAGUAUACUCGCAGUGCUGACACUGUGCCGCUGGGGUACCAGUCUCGACCUGCGCCCUCCCGAUUCAGCUCCAGUAGACCUACGUCACGACCCCUGAAGGGGAUAUUUGAUGAUGUUUAACAUUCCUGUUAUAUAUUCCCGACAUUAUUUCCCAAGCUCUUACUUUCUUGCUUAGUAGACAUCAUCGCGAGGAGGAUGCAUAGUCGAUCUUUAAGUGUUUCUCAUGUUUAUCAUUGCCAGGAACUUAUACAUUAAUCUUCCAUCCAGUAGAUGUGUAUAGAUGUGAGAUAGUGAAAUCCGGCCUUUUGUAAAUGUUUCUGCAUAUCAUAUGCAUGACUGCUAGUUUGAAUAUUUCAUCUCUUUGAACAAUCUCAGCAAUGUAGAAAUUCUUGUUGUUUUCGUGUAUCCAUUUAACUUGCUCUUUAUAGAAACCUUUUUGUGAGAUAACCUGAAUCAGUGGGAUUGAAAGAGUGGUGACUGUUUGUUAUGUGUUGUGAGUUGUGAAAGGAUUGUAUUGUGGGAAGGAUAUUGAAGAACAUGUAAAGCUUAUGAUCCUGGUAUUCUUUAUCUGUCGACAUUUAGAGCAUUGUAGGUAGUAUGUACAGUGUUGAAGAAAGGGGAUUCCAGGUUGCUGCUAUGGGAUUUGAAGACUUCUACUUAUAGACCUGCGUGAUGGCUAAAAAAUCUUACCCAAGUACUAUGAUCAUAUGUUUUCAUUAAUUUGACAUGACGCAGUGUUAGCUAUAUGUUGAAGAAAUAAGUGGUUUAGGUUUGGGUGUGAUUUUGUGGACAGUAAGCACAUAUUAGUUUUCUUUAAACAAGACCAGUUUGUUAUUGGUCUUACAGAUUAACCUUGAACAAGUGUGACAAAAGGAAGUCACAUUACUAACAAUGUUUGGUUAGAAAUAUACCAAAUUUUAAAUACGUUUUUGUUUCUUUUUAAAAUUUUAAAGUAUUUUGAUGAGAUUUUUGUUGGUUCAAUGAAAUGAACCUGAAAUCAAAAUAAACAAUAUUUACUUUAACACAUCACUUUGGCAUUUUCACAGAAAUACAAUUAAUGGUCAUGCCAGCUUAAACCAUUUUUAGACAAUAUUCAAAUUCUCAUCUAAGCCACAUGACAUAGGUUCAGUGUUACUUGAUGUUCCUACUUAAUUGAUGUACUGAAUGAUUUUUGUAGUAUUUAUUUACCCUAUGUUUUGUUUGUUUUUUGUACUAAAUCAAAGUGAUUGCAGGGGAUUAUCAAAAGGGGAUUGAUUUGCUGGUCUUGUAAUUAUAAUAGUAGGUGGAACAGUUGUUCUUUUGAAUUUACAGUUUCUACCUUCAUCACCAUCUUGUAUUGUUUUGUAUUAGGUGUGAAAUCAUUCGAUCAUACUUUCCUGUGUAUGGAGCAAUUAACUUAAAAUUGAAUGUGCAAACUAACAAUAGAUGAUUAAUACUGUGGUUUCUGGUUUACAGUUAUAUUUAAUGUCAGGAAUUGGGAUAUCUGCUGAUUGCUACAAUAAUCUCACCAUGCUACUCAUCUCAACAUGUAGUUUUUACUGGAUAACUCAAAUAGCUCUUACGACUAUUGGGGGUACAUUAAAUCAUUGGUGGCAUUUAUUUGUGGUUGUGUCUGUUGUUUACCAUGCUUUAAUAUUGUUUACUUGCUGUGCUAUGCUUUAUUCAAGAAUGCAAGAUCAUGGCAAAAUGUUGAUGUUAUUUAUGUUGGAUUUGAAUGCAAAAUGUUUCUUCUUUUGUUCAGAACUUGCUCCUAACUUUCAUUUCUGUUCUGUAAGAUUCGAGAAGCCUACCUGGUUAACAUGUGUAAAGGGUGUGUUGUGUUAAUUGUAGAUGAACUGUGCUAGAAACUAACUACAUCUUAGCCGAAUUGCAUGGUAGGUUAUACGAGAUGGAACCGAAUAAACCUUGGUUUUGACUUUGUACAAUGCGUUCUUGUGCAAUGAAUAAAUGCGAAAGGUUGUUGUAUGAAAAUAUUUCCUUCAGAUAUGCUGCUGUAGGAUAUUUUAUACCAAAUAGAUUGUAUUAAAAAUUCAGAAAUUACUUGCCAAAGAGAAGUAGCAUGAUCUUUACCAUGAGGUGAAAUAUGACACUAACUUGAUAUAUACAAGUAACUUUGAUGCAAAGAUGUUUCAUGCACUAACAGAUCUCAUUGGACAAGAGCCUGUGGCAACGUAUAAUGACUUUGGUCAUCAUGGCAGUAUGACAUGCUAUUCAUACAACACCGUCUGUACUAGAUCAAGUCUAAGUUAGUCUCUUCCCUGAACUCUCAGAGCCCACUGGAGAUGACUAGUUCCAUGAAACCUUUAAGUAAUGGUCACUGAGUAAUGUCCUGUGUAUAUUGAUUUAAGUGUUUGGACUAACGGAAAAACUAACACAAGCAAGCGUCCCAAAUGCUCGCAAAUGAACCACUAUUUGAAGAUGAGAAUCUUUAAUGUAUAAACAGUGGAGAGACUAGGACUAUUUUGCAAGAACAGUGUCUAGGGUGAGCCUGCAUAUAGAACAUGGAAAUGUUGUGAGGUUGAUUACCUGUUUAAUUGUAUGUGUGUCAUGUAAUGAGUGUCUACUUGUCCUUUCAGUGCAAUUUCUUCAUCUUUUUCUGUCCUGUGAUUUGAUAUCUAGUCAUUCUUGUUUAUAUGUUUGUUUAUUUACCAUAUAAUACUUACCUCUAACAUUGUAUAUAGUUGUCAUACUUGCAUUACACGUGAUGUGAUAUAUUAUGUAUUAUAUCAUGAGGUGAUAUCUAUGGAGGCUAGUUUCAUUAUAUGUUACUUACUGUAUGUAUUUACAUGUAUGAUGCUAAGACAUUAACUAAAUUUUAAGGAGGAUUGUUCUUGUCUUUUCUGUCUGGAGUUUUAAAAGUGCACCCUAAAGUUAAUAUUUCCAUUUUUGGCAUCCAGAAUAAUUAUUUCAUUUAAGGUGGUUUUACUGGACAGGAGAGCCUGAGAACCAAGCAGUUGUUAGACUCAAAAUAUCAUCAUGGCUCCUUUCCACAAAAAGUAUCUCAGCAUUGUGACCAUACUGUGAGAGAGACUUACUAAAGUCUUAGCUAAGAUCACUUGUGGAAUGAGGUCAAGGGUAUGAAACAUGAAUGUUGAUCAUUGUGAAAAUUAGAUAUUGCCCAUUGUCAUUGGAUAUAGCAUUUGCAGCAAGUAUAUAUAGAGUCUGUACCUGGUCAAUAUUAGAACAUCCAGUCACUGGUUCAUCAGCUUGUCAUAUGCACUGUGAGAUGAGUGUAUGAUGUUGUAAGUACAUAGUUAUUCCUGAAACUGCUUGAUUAAUCAAAGGGACCAGACACAAUUGUUUCAUUUACACUAAGAAGAAGUACAAAAGAACAUUUCAUGAUAAUGGCAAUUAUUGUUGUUGUGAGGAAACAAAUAUUUUACUACCGGUAGUAUUCUCACUUCUAAAGAGAUCACCUUCCAGGGUUUAUUUUUUUGUUGUUGCUUUCAUUUAGAAUCUGAUUUAUGUUUUCCAUUUGGCCUAGUUUAAUACUGGGUUUCAUUAUCGUUGUUAGUGUAUGGCUGAAAGACAUCCUUGAUGUGCGAUAUUUGUAAGAUAUUGAAAUGGACAUGAUCUGAAGCGUGUCUGUUUCAGAAAGGACAUUUUAAACAUGAACAAACUGACCACUCCUUCCCUACUGUUGUACACAAUAGUGUUGAAUCUGAUUGUUGUAAUUUUAGUCAGAAUUUCUUUGUAAGAUUUGUUACUGUUUUGAUGUUGACUAAACCACCUUGUUUUCUCAACAGGCUGAAGGAAGUUAAAUGUCAUUGUAUUGCUUCUAUAAUGUGUAAUGGCCCUAUAGAAUUGUUAAAACAGUAGCUCAGUCAGCAGAGAUGCCAGCUUGUUCACUCAGGAUAAACAGAGAAAAGGUUUUUGUCAUUAUUCCGGCCAAGUCAUUUCUUUAUGUGUUUUGUGCACAGCAACUCAUAUUAUAUUUAUGACCAAAUGUUUUGGAUUAAUUUUCAAGUUGUAUCUGAUAACAUACCAGUCUGGAGCAGAUUUGGUUAGUUUUGUUUAGGGCAAAGCUUGUUCACUUUCAGGAUUGUCUUGAUCACUACAGCAAGAGAUAAGGCAUAAUUGAGGUAUUAUAUAAUGUAUUCUUGGUUGAUCUGAGUCCAUUGAAUUAGACGAACACUUGAAAUAUAUAUGGAACUAAAUAUGCAUAAGAUUCAAAAUUACAAUUCAAACUUUGAAGUUAUUUUGUUAUUUGUUUGU